AAUGGUCGAGACGAAUUUUUCGUACGCAUUGAUUUAGUCGUAGAUUGAAUUGAAUCAAUAUCGAUUGCCCAUGGAAGGGGUUGGGUUUUAGGGAGAAUAAUAAUGUUGAAGUGAAAUGGACAUAUAUUUAGUUGCAAAAGUCUACUCAGAGUCAUCUGUUAUGGCAUACCCCACAAACUUCAUAUUCUACACUUUGAAGCUCUUCAUCUUUCAUUAUAUUAAGCAUUAGCUUUGAAGCUUCCUAAGUUUGGAGGAAGUAACCAGCACCUCACUAUGUCGGAGAGCGAUCUUUUCGAGAAGCCGGGGUUUGAGUUUACAAACUGGAUGUUCGAUGGGUGGCUGAAUGAAACCUCUUCGUCUCUGGCCGACUCGGUGAUGUACCCGGUUUAUCAAGAGGGAGAGGUUGAUGAGUUUGUUGGGAACACCAUUCACCAAGGAGAGCCUAGCAACAGAGACAGUGGGAGAGAGAGGGAAGUUGGAGAAAGAUUUGCAUUCAAGACAAAAUCAGAAGUCGAGAUUCUUGAUGAUGGUUUCAAGUGGAGGAAAUAUGGGAAGAAGAAGGUGAAGAACAGCCCAAAUCCAAGGAACUACUACAAAUGCUCCGUCGAAGGCUGUCCGGUGAAGAAAAGAGUGGAAAGAGAUCGUGAGGAUCCGAAGUACGUGAUAACGACAUACGAGGGUGUUCAUACUCAUGAAAGUUCUUGAUAUUUGUUUAUUUUUACAUCAAAUCUUCUAAUGUUUAAUGAGAAAAUGUGGAUUUACUGUGGAGAAAUUGAAACAGAGUAUGAAAAUCAAUGUUGGGUAGAAGUUCUAGCUUCAAUAGGUUGAUGUUGUCUGGUCUGGAGUUCUGUGGGGGGUAGAGGCCCCAAACCAAACAGCAUCAUAUUCACUGUUACAUAUAUAUUGAUGACAGAUUUUUUUAUCGAAUA